UGCGGUUAUGAGUACGACUUGGCAAGAUCGGAAAUGCUCCCCCGGAUUUUCAAGGACCGUCAACGGCGCGCCGGACACCGCGAGAAGUGCGGUGCUUUACCAACCUCUGAGCCCUAUCUUCGAAUGAUUCGAUUCCAGGGCCUUCGGGUUGUUAAAAAGAAAAGAGAACUCUUCCCAGGGCCGAUGCCGAUGUCUCCGGGCUCGCUUGCGUUACCGCCAGCCGCCUUGUCCAAGUAA